UUCACACUUUUUUGCCCACCAUUAAAAGCCAACAAAAGCUUUCUACAGGUCGGCCACACAAUUAUUCGCUCUCUCUCUCUCUCUCUGCCCAUCUAUCAAUCUAUCUCCAGUGACUAGUAUUGUUUUCAGAAUAAGAUUCAAAGCCAAAAUCAAACUUUGAGAGAGGAUGGGAUCUGGAGUUGGAAGUUUCCUCAAGGUUCUUUUGAGGAACUUCGAUGUUCUUGCUGGGCCUGUUGUUAGUCUCGUUUAUCCACUACAUGCCUCAGUGAGAGCAAUUGAAACUCAAUCUCACGCUGAUGACAAACAAUGGCUCACUUACUGGGUCCUUUACUCCUUACUCACACUCUUCGAGCUCACAUUCGCCAAGCUCAUCGAAUGGGUACCGAUUUGGUCAUAUGCGAAGCUUAUCUUGACUUGCUGGCUUGUGAUUCCUUACUUUAGCGGCGCUGCUUAUGUCUAUGAACACUUUGUGAGACCUGUGUUUGUUAAUCCACAGAGUAUUAACAUCUGGUAUGUGCCAAAGAAGAUGGAUUUCUUCAGAAAGCCAGAUGAUGUGUUAACUGCUGCUGAGAAGUACAUUGCUGAGAAUGGUCCUGAUGCUUUCGAGAAGAUCUUAAGCCGAGCUGAUAAAUCAAGAAGAUAUAAACAGCAUGAGACUAUGUAUGGUGAGGAGUAUCUGAAUGAAGGGAACUUCAAAAGCUAUUAACUUUAGAGUGUGUGCGUGUGUGUUCAUGUCUUUGAUGUUUUAUUGUUUUGCUGCUUGUGUGGGAUCUCUCUGCUGUGUAAAAAGAAAUGCUAAUAAUGGAAUCAAAUUACAAUGUUAUGAGAUUAGAAAACGUGAGUUUUGUUAUUA